CUUGCCCUACGAUCUGCACCAAGCAAAACUCUCCACAUAGACACCGUUGCAUAUAAACAACUUGGAGCUUGCUUCAAAAUAACUCGCUUAUAAAUAGACCACCAACUAUCCAAACGGGGAUUUCCUUUGAUACCCAGUGCACAGCAGUGAUUGUGUAACAACCAGAGAGCUGCAGACCAGACACUCAAAGAGCAAGGACAUUUAGAAGACAACAACAAACAGAGAACUACCAUAAUGUCAGACGAUCAACCCUCUUCACCUUCCAGCAACUCCUUGUGCCCAGGCUGCCAGGGUGAAGGGUCGCUGCUGCUGCCCUGCGGACACACUCUGUGCCAGGCUUGCCUGCAGCUGUGUCGGGAUGAGCUGGGGCAGGACGGGUCAGGCUGUACCGAGUGCUACGGCCGCGAGCUACUGGACAGUGUGCUGAAGGGGCUGCUCGACUCGCUGUUUCAAGGGCAGCCGCGGCGGGUGGGAAACGGCAUGGAGGGUGGAGAGACGCUGGAGGAUGGAGAUCUGUGCAGCCAGCAUAGAGAGAGACUGACUCAGUACUGUAUGGAGGACGAGGAGCUGAUCUGUGAUCAGUGUCAGGGAGAGGAACAUGAAGCUCACGAGUUCAGCUCCAUUGAAGAGGCCACAGAAGAGUGUAAGAGGGAGUUGAGAGCAGCUCUCACACCCCUGCAGGAGAAACUGGAGAUGUUAAACACAGCCAAGAAAACCUGCCAGGAAACGUCACAACACAUCAGGAGACAGGCCCAGAACACAGUGCGUCUGAUAAAGGAGAACUUUGAAAAUCUCCAUCAGUUCCUGCAUGAUGAGGAGAUCUCCAUGCUGAGAGCUCUGAGUGAGGAAGAGGAGAAGAAGAGCCAGAAGAUGAAGGAGAAGAUGGACAAACUGACAGAUGAGAUCAUGACCUUAAGAGAAGCCAUUAGCUCAACUGAAGAGGCCAUGAGCGCUGAUGACAUGGCAUUUCUGAAGAAGCGUCUCCGUUUCUGUCCCAGGAUGGACUUCACCGUUCAGGAUCCAGAGGAAAUCUCUGGAGCUUUGAUUGAUGUGGCCAAACACAUCGGCUCGCUCAAGUUCAGAGUGUGGGAGAAGAUGCAGACCGCCAUCACGUACACUCCCGUGAUCCUCGACCCCAACACCGCCGACGUCUGCGUGGCUGUGUCCGACGACCUCACCUCCAUCCGUUACAUGGAGGAAGACCAGCAGGUCCCAGACAACCCCGAACGCUUCAGCUUCUACGAGUGCGUCCUGGGCUCCGAGGGCUUGGGCUCCGGCCGGCACAGCUGGGACGUGGAGGUGGGCGACUGCAGCGAGUGGGCGCUGGGGGUGGUGAAAGAAAGCGUGCAGCGUAAAGAGUGGUUCCCACCGAGCCCCGAGCGCGGCAUGUGGACCAUUUGCCUGUACGGAGGAGAGUACCGCGCGCGGACGGCCAGCAGCGCUCCUCUGACGCUCAAGAAGAAACCUCAGAAGAUCCGGGUUCAGCUCGACUGGGAGGCCGGCAGAGUCAUGUUCUCAGACGCCGGAGACAACUCUCUGCUCUACAAGUAUAAGCACAAGUUUACGGAAAAGAUGUUUCCAUAUUUCUCCAACACAUGUAAAAGACAUCCGCUGCAUAUUUUAGCGGAGAAGGUGUCUGUGUACACAGAGUAGCCUAACUCGACAAACAUUUCAUGAUACACACUAUUCUGAGUCUGAAGGACUGAAGUAGUACAAGAAUGAUUUAAAGGGAUAGUUCACCUAAAAAUUACAAUUUUGUCAUCAUUUACUCACCCUCAAGCUGUUCCAAACCUGUACGAAUUUCUUAUGCUGA